AAAAUGAUGGCCAACAGCAUGGAGCAGAAUGACUGGAAAGUUCCUCCCGACAACACCGUGCAGGUGGUUGAUCCUAUGGGCAUGAAUGAGGAGGCCGACGGUCCCAAGAGAAACUGGACGGGCAUCCUCAUCUCCCUCGGCAUCAUUACCUUCGUCCUGCUGAUGGUCACCAUCGCCACCCUCCUCGUGGGCGAGCCUCCGCCCACCUUCUACGGGCGGAGACUCGUUAUAACGGACCUCAAGAACCCUGCCUUCGUCGCCGCCGCCAUGGGCACGCAGUGGGUCACGGGUGAACAGUUGGCGUACGUGUCUGAAAAGAAAGGAAUCAGAAUGCUCAAUGUAAACACAAACGUCAACAUUACUCUCGUCACCAACAUCGCCUUGCACCAGACGGGCGCCGCCGCCUUCUCCGUGUCGCCCGACAUGCGCUACGUCCUCCUUGUCCAUGACGUCAUCAAGGGUCGGCUGUUCACUUCUACCGCCGAAUACAGUGUUUAUGACGUCAUGACAGAUCCUGUGACCUUGACCUCAGACGCCACACCUGACAUCCUAUACAAUGGGGUCCCUGAUCUUCUCUAUGAAGGUAAAGUGGGUGGAAUUGAAGAUGUGUGGAUGUGGGUGUAUGGUGUAUGGUGUGUGGGUGCAGAGAUCCUGGGUCAGGGCCACGCCGUCUGGCCGUGUCCGAGCGGGGACUACAUCGCCGCCGUCUCCAUCAACAACACCGGCGUGAGAGAGCUGCCCGUCCUUGUCUACGCGGACAACGUGUACCCGACGGUGCAGACGCUACGGUAUCCUACGGUCAGCACGCCCAUCCCGCAGGCGUGGCUUUGGAUCUACGACCUUCAGAGCAAGCAAGUUCCUCCUCCAAGAACGAGACUCAUUCCCCCCGAGCCGAUUGAGGAGUAA